AUGGAUCGCAGCUUGGAUGAGAUCAUCGCCGAAGAACCACGCAAACAAAACCGUCCAUCUGGCGGCCGCCGCAACCAAGGCCAAGGCCAAGGCCGUCGUCGCGAUCGCGGCGAUGGCAUCAGAAAGCCCCAAUCGCAAGACCGCGUCGAUUUGAACUUGGACUGGGUUCAUGACAAGUACGAGGAUGACAGAGAGGGUCGUCCCUCUCGCAACUCUCGCCGUUCACGUCGUUCAACCUCGCCCGGUGGCCGAGGCAGUAGUUCUAUGCUGACCAAGGUCCGCGUGGAAAACCUUCACUACGAUAUCACUGAGAGCGAUCUGGAGGAUCUCUUUGGCCGAAUUGGCCCCGUUACCGACCUUUCUCUCGUUUACGACCGCGCUGGACGCUCCGAAGGUGUUGCCUAUGUCACAUACAAGCACCUCAACGAUGCCCACAAGUCUCUUAAGGAAUACGAUGGUGCCAACGCGAAGGGUCACCCCAUUCGUCUGAGCCUUGUGCCCGGCCGACGCGAGCAACAAAAGAGCCUUUUCGACCGUGUCGCACGCCCUAGCGGACGUGAUGCCCGCAGCUUAAGCCCUGGUGGCGAGGAUGGAUCAGGACGAGGACGUCGUGGUCGUGGCCGUCGCAACGACACGAGGGCCGCCCCGGGCAAUAUCGAUCGCUACGUGCCUGGUGAACAAUCACCAAACCGUCGCGGUGGUGCUGGUGGUCGACGAGGUGGAGGUGGCAGAGAUAACGGACCUCGUACCGAGAAUGGGGGUCGUCGCUCAGGCAAUGCUCGUCCUCGCAAGACACAGGAGGAAUUGGAUCAAGAGAUGGAGGAUUACUGGGGUGGAAAUGCCGGUGGUGAGGGUGCAGAGAACCAAGCUGCUCAAGAACAGCAGGCUGCUCCCGCUGAAACUGCUGCGCCUGUUGCUGAGGCUGCUGCUCCCGCCGCCGCUGCUCCGGCUCACAACGACGAUGACAUCGAUAUGAUUGAGUGA